UCAACUCCCACUCAACUACAGUAGAAGAAAGAUGGAUAGAUGACAGACCCUUUCUUUAAACCGCACCGCACACACGCACAUCCAUACAAUAAUACGGUUCCGGAGCGGGAGCGUUCGGAGCAGUCAAAACGGUUAAAACUCGAAACUUGAAACAAAUGAGAAAUGUCUUUCAUUCUCACACUUUGGAGAUGCAAUUUUGGCCCUCGGCUCUUUAACGCUUACGAAGUACUGCAAAAUGGUCACCUGAUAGCUAAACCGUACGAAGCUAACAUCUUGGAACGAUUAAGUGAUCAAAUCGUAAUUUGUUUUGCAGCAAUUUGGUCCAUAAGUCCGUAUACGAUUCCGUUGGUGGCUAUCCUCUUCUAUCACCAAACUUACACGUACGUAACGGAGAAUGUUGGUUCUCUGAGCAAUCUAAUAGCGCGCAUCAGUGCAGUUUUCGUGAUGUCGUUCGCUGCACGUGGUUACUCGAGAGCUACUAAUCCGGUCUACGUGAAAUUCUUGACUACGCUGACCGAAGCAAACGCUCGUUAUGACGCAGAAACGAGGCAAGAACUCGAAAAAUACCACUUUGAAUUCUGGGCAAAACCCGUCGAUUUCAACGCGAAUCAGAGCGAAGUGGAAAGGGAUACGACCAGAGAAAGAUUAACAUUAGAGACGAUUAGUCAAUCCAGUGGUCGCGUAAAAAGACUGGCUGGUAAAGAGUUUAUGUUUGCGUUACCUUGUAAAUUUUUAUCCUACAUCGUAGCUCAUACCUUUGCUAUCAAGAUGAUAUAUCCUGGAAGCGUGUUCGUUCUUAAUUGGGCGUUACUGCGUUCUACUCUUUUGCAAGGCAGAAUACAGAAAAAGCUCAAGUACAAUGGGGAAAGAUAUAAAUUGUUAACCGUGGAUAAUAACGAAAUCGAUGCUAUGUUCAUAGAUCAACGUCAAAGAUUGCGCAAUGGUAAUACAUUGGUUAUCACGUGUGAAGGAAAUUUUGGCUUCUACGAAAUUGGUAUCGUACAAACUCCGUUGAGCAAAGGAUAUUCUAUACUAGGAUGGAAUCAUCCAGGUUUCGGUAGUAGUACUGGUGCGCCUUAUCCGUCGCAAGAAGAAAAUGCAGUCGAUUGCGUGAUGCGUUUCGCAAUCGAACGAUUAAAAUUUCCUGAGGAACGAAUAAUUAUUUACGGAUGGAGUAUCGGCGGAUAUACUGCAACGUGGGCCGCUAUGAACUAUCCAUCGAUCCAGAGUUUGAUACUAGAUGCGACGUUCGAUGAUGUACUUCCAUUAGCUAUCAUGACGAUGCCCCCGUGGCUGGAAGGUUUGGUACGAAACAUUAUCAGAGACUAUUUCAAUUUGAAUAUUGCCGAACAAUUAAAUAGAUACAACGGGACGGUAUUGUUGAUACGAAGGACAGAAGAUGAAAUAGUAUGUACGCCCAAUGUUAACCGUUUAUCGGGGAACCGAGGUAACGUGUUGCUUACGAAACUUUUGAUGCGACGUUAUCCACAUCUUUUUACGGGAGCUCCAAAAAAUUUGAAGUUAUUGGAAAGAUUUCUGUCAUACGACAUAAAUAGCAUAGCGUCGCCCAACAGUCCAUAUUUUAGUUUCGAUAUGGUAACAGUCGAUAGAAAUGUAUGUUCAAAACUAGUUGAAUUUGAGGUAAGAAAGAAUGGUGGUGCCGUGAUAUAUCCCUCGGCGCUUGGGGAAGACUGGGAUUCCGAUAAGAAACAGCAAUUAAUAUUAUUUCUCGUAACUCAAUACAUGAAGGAUCAGCAAACGUCGCAUUGCAUGUCGUUAGAACCGGAUUUAUUUCAACCAGGUUGGAAUCCUUACCUCACCACAGAAUAAUACGAAAUUUGUUUCAAGUUCUUCUCCUUCUCGUUGUUAUCAAUGUAAUAGGAACGAUCAAAAGUCGCGACGAACGAUGAGUGAAUCGCUUUCAAUGCAUUUCACGUUAAUAAGUUUUAAUUUAAUGAACGGGUAAACGAUGAACGACGAUCGGGUAUUUAUUCCGUACGGUGAUUUUCAGUCGUAAUUUCGUUGCAAGUUGAAAGCUACGCUACGUUUAACUACAAUAUAAAGACGAAUUUGAUACGCGUCGAUUCGAUUCAUUUCGGUAGCUGGAUGACUUGCGAAUACGCCCGAUUUACUACGAAAGUAAAGUAAAUGUUUACAUACAAAAUGAAAAAAAAUUCAUUUUAUUUAUAUUCGACGUAUCGAUGUUGUAUAAAACGAUUAUUGUGCGUCCAAGAAAAUGUUCAAUAAUUAUUA